CUCUUUGUUUUGGUCUUUGUUUUUGUCUUUGUUUGGCCUUUGUUUUGUCUUUGUUUCAUUCUUUGUUUAAACUUUCUUUGGCUUUUGUUUGGUCUUUCUUUAGCCUUUUGUUUAAACCUUGUGUGGCCUUUUUGUAGUCUUUGUGCAGCUUUUGUUUUCAAGUGGAUCUUGGCUGAGAACUCAUCAAAAACACCUUGUGUAAUGAAAACCCCGGAUAUAUAAUCUGUCCCUAUAUAUUCUGCAUGCAUUGAGGUAGCCUCAACCCCCCCAGGGACCUGGUGCAGACGUGGAACCUGUUUCACACAACUGCUACUUGAAGGGAAAAAAGAAGCCAAUGAUACCAAGAAAAGCUCAAAACAGAGAUCUAUUCACCAGAUGUGUAUGGAUGAAAAUACAGUGAGAUGAGUCAGAAAGUGGUUAAGGAGGGCCCCAGACUCUCCAAGAACCAGAAGUUCUCGGAGCACUUCAGCAUACAUUGCUGCCCGCCGUUCACCUUCCUCAACUCCAAACGCGAGAUUGUGGACCGCAAGUAUAGCAUCUGUAAAAGUGGCUGCUUCUACCAGAAGAAAGAGGAGGACUGGAUCUGCUGUGCCUGCCAGAAGACCAGCACCAGCCGCCGCGCAACGUCCCCUCAGAGGCCCAAGCGCCAGCCAGCUGCACCCCCCGCGGUGGUCAGAGCACCAGCCAAGCCACGGUCCCCUCCGAGGUCCGAACGUCAGCCACGCCCCCGCCCAGAAGUCCGACCUCCACCAGCCAAGCAGCGUUCCCCUCAGAAGGCCAAGCAGCAGCCGCGCAGCAGCCCCCAGAAAGGGCCAGGCACCAGCCGUGGGGGGUCCCCCAACAAAGCCUCUAGGUUCUGGUAACACCAUCUCUUCCCUUUUGCUCCCCAGCCCUAAGGUUAGUAGCUGCUUCCUGUGUUUACUAACAAUAGGUUAUCUCAGUGGCCCUCCUUCAGCCUUACCAAACCUGUGUAAUCAGUUCCCUGCAUUAAAUCCCCUUGUUUGAAACACCUAGUGUGGCUUCUGUUUUCCACAUAGCCACUGUUGGUACAAUACUUCAGAUGGCAGCACCAGUUGCUUCCUUUGUCUAGUAGGACUGGAAGUGAUUAAUUUAUAAAUUCAGACUAUGGACCACAGUAACAGAUUGAAUAAUUGAGGUCCUCGAUUCCUGUCCCUCAGAGAGAGAAGGAAUGGUGGCUCUAAGGGGUAUCUGUGAAUGUGCAAAAGGAGAGGUUCAGCCAGUUCAUCCAUCCCUCCUCCCAACACACUUCAUCUGAUGUUAACUUCAGUGGCAAGAUCAUUCAUUCAUUCAUUCAACAAUCUUGAUUGCACAUGUAUAGAGUUCCACAUACUAUGCUGGGGGAUGGGAACGCGGCCAGAACAAGCCAGAACCAAACAAGAGAAUAGUUAGUCACAGUGUAGGGUUAAAUGCUCUAAUACUCUCAUAAUCAGUACGUGCAUUGGGCUAUGGAAGCCUGGAGAAUGGCUCUGCCUGUCUGGGGCUUCGAAGAAGUUAGGUUAGAAUAAGUAGAGGAUAAAAGGGGAUGAUGCCUGUAGAGAGAAUAAGUGAGCCAAAGAGCAUAUGUUCAUCAGCUCCCUCUUGGGAAGGUCAGCCCGUUUUUUUUUGUUUUUUUUAAUAGACUUUACUUUUCAGAGCAGUUUUAGGUUCAUAUCAUAGUUGAGCAGAAGGUACAGAGACUUCCCUUAUACUCUCUGUCCACACGCACGGCAGGCCAACUCUUUAGUCCUUUUAGUAUUUGAAAAUGAACCUGUUUUAUAAGUUAACAAUGGAUAUAAACUGUAUUUGGGAUUCUCAUAAAUACUCUGAUGCUCAGAACCUGCAUAGCACAUAAUAGUGCAUGCAUGUCUCAUGAUGUUUACAGAUUUAGUAUGUAGAAGAAUCAACUGGGGAGCAUGUUAAAAUGCUCCCAGAGAAGCUAAUUCCUUGGGUCACUUGUGAGGUUCUAGGGAUCUGCACUGUCAACAGGCAACCAACCCACCCCCAGUGUAGAUCAGGUGAGGUUAAUUUGGGAAGGAAGUAACCGACUGGUGAGUGACUGGUAAGUCACUAAAACCGUAAUAGGAAGUUGUGCGUCAAGUUACCUGGUUGUUAAUUUAUGCCUUCCUGAGGGGCCUGAGUAAUAAGGUCCUAGGACAGGUAAGCUUUGAAAUAUGGAAGUGGUUAGGAAAUGUACAGAGCAGAGGAAAUUAAUUGUAUAUGAGGCAUGACAUCUAUGGUGGUGGCUUCAAGCCCACAAUCUCCAGUGAGCUAUGUGAUGGCUGUUUGGGUGGCCGGGAGUUGAAUGAACCAGGACAUGGAAAGGAGAUGGAAGACAAUGAAAGCCAAUUUCAUCUGAGCCACAGAUUUGUCUGGAUUCAGCCUUGCUGAAUUCACUUAAACUCAAGAGAUAUUUUAGUGUUGGGGUAUUUUGACUCCCUCAGUUAACCAUCCUCGGUGGGUAUCCGGGAAGACACCUCUAUAGUCUGUCACUGCCUCCUCAGCUGUCGUCCCUUCCCUGGGACCAAGGGACCUGACAGGCUCCAUUCAUAAUGUCCCACGACAUCACAGAUGCACCAUCUGAGCCCUUCCUACGAUACUCAUUCUCCCUUCUCAGGUUCCCCAAGGUCCUAAGGUAAUGCAUUAGAGACAUUGCUUCGCCAUGCUGUAUGCGCUAUGCAUACAUACUCUAUUGACACUAAGUGACUGUCCUAAAUCAAAGGGGUGGGAGGAAGAUUAAUGGGAAAAAAUUCACUCUCAAGCAGAGCUACUAAAUUACAUGUGAAGAAAGGGUCAAAAAAGUUUUCCUGAAGCAGGCUUGCUUUCUGAAAUGGUGCCAUUCUUGAGGUCUGACCCUUUGAGGUCAAACAAUUUUGACAAAGGACUUUUGUGUCCUUAGUAAUUCCCUUGGAUACAUCUUUUCAAAAACCAGUGAAUAUUUAAAUCUUAGGAUCCAAUAGGUAUGAUUCCUUGCAUCCUGAUUGAACAUGCCAGCAUUCUCAUAUUUGAUGGAAAGAAACCAUGGCAUCUCCCUUUUAGUUUGUUUUACUCUCAGUUCUUCAAGGUUUUAGUAUUUCACAGGUCAUCCUGGCCUUUAGGGUUAAGACGUGUUUCCGGAGCUGAGACUCUUCUGGCUCCUUGGUGCUCUGCUUUCAGGAGCUAAGAUCUGUGGUUUUCUGAAAACUUCUGUGGCUGCGGCUUUGAGUGACUAAUUUGGGGCCAGUCACACAUAUGUGAGCAGUACUGUGUGUGCCUCUGAUGUGUUCUUUCACAGCAUCGUCUUGUACAAACUGAGCCUGCACACAAGAAGCCUGGAGGACCAAUCUAUUUCCACAUGUAUUUUCAAGCCUGGUCAUCGAGACCACGUGUACAGCACUGCACCAAACUCUGGGCAAUCAGGGGGGAUGAUGUAUGCCCCUGGUCCCGCUGCUCAGAUGGUAUUUAUGAGAGGCCCAUCUCUCAGCGAUGCUGCUGUUCCCCUGAGUAACAACCCUGAGCUCGGGAGUUAGCCCACAGUCAGUGGUCGCACCUGUAUAUAGUUUUCGGUUUGUUCGCAAUGACCAGGACUGCCAAAGGAAAAUGCAAUUAUAAACAUUUACAUACUUGACAAGCUAGGAUUUACUUCAGAAGAGCGCCAACCCAUGAGCAAUUACUGUGAGGGGUCCGAGAGUAUGCACUAACAGACCCAGGCUCCGGGGCCAGCUGCUAAGUUUCAGGCUCUUAGAUAGAGGUAGUCUGCCUGCUUUUCAGGUCUGCACACCCAAACUUAUUCCAGACACUUUCUAUGAGGUGACUUGUCCUCCUUUUGUCUUCCUGAUGCCAAGAGGUACAUUCUGCAUUUUCACCUCCCAGAAAACCAGAGAGAACUCUCUUCCUUUGUGCAGGAUUGGGUAAACUAGCCCUUCCACUUCCCUUGAUUUUUCCACCUUGGUCUUCUUUAUGAGUCCUUCCUUUUCUGGCAACACUUCACCUUGGGAUCCUCUAGGGUUUUAUUCUGAGCCCUCUCCUUGAUUUUGCCUUCUGUUUUUUUUUUUUUUUAAUUAUUUAUUUUUAAAAUUUUUAUUAGAGUAUACUUGAUUUACAAUGUUGCGUUUGUUUCUGCUGUACAGCAAAGUGAAUCAGUUAUACAUAUACAUAUAUCCCCUCUUUUUUAGAUUCUUUUCCCAUAUAGGCCAUUACAGAGUCUCUUAUGGUUUUAUGGGUUUUUUUCAGUUGUAAAUAUAUAUACACAUUUUUAAUAUUCUUUUCCAUUAUGGUUUAUAACAGGAUAUUCAGUAUAGUUCCCUGUGCUAUACAGUAGGAUCUUGUUGUUUAUCCAUUCUAAAUGUAAUAGUUUGCAUCUAAAUUUUGCAACUCCCAGUCCCUCCCUCUCCCUUCCCCCCUCCGCCUUGGCAAUCACAAGUCUAUUCUCUAUGUCUAUAAGUCUGUUUAUGUUUCGUAGAUAGGUUCAUUUGUGCCGUAUUUUAGAUGCCACAUUAAGUGAUAUCAUAUGAUAUUUGUAUCUCCCUUUCUGACUUACUUCACUUAGUAUGAUACUCUCUAGUUGCAUCCAUGUUGCUGCAAAUGGCAUUAUUUCAUUCUUUUUUUAUGGCUGAGUAGUAUUCCAUUGUAUAUAUGCACCACAUCUUCUUUAUCCAUUCAUCUGUCGAUGGGCAUUAGGUUGUUUCCAUGCUUUGGCUAUUGUGAACAGUGCUGCUAUGAACAUAGGGGUGCAGGUAUCUUGAUGAAGUAUAAUUUUGUCCAGGUAUAUUCCCAGGGGUGGGAUUGCUGGAUCAUAUGGUAAUUCUAUUUUUAGUUUUCUGAGGAACCUCCAUACUGUUUUCCAUAGUGGCUGUACCAACUUAACAUUCUCACCAACAGUGUAGGAGUGUUCCCUUUUCUCCACAUCCUCUCCAGCAUUUGUUAUUUGUAGACUUUUCUUAUGGGUUUAAACGUGACCGGCAUGGUGAUGACUUUUAAACCUUAUUCCAGCCCUGGCAUUAAACUCAUAUAUGGGCUUGAUUGCCCAGCAGAUCAACGUGGAUGUUAUCAAACUCAACUCAUCUCCACUUGACUUCUUUCCCAUGAACACUCGCUCUUCCUCUUAUCAACAACCUCAGCAAAUAACACCACAGCCCCUCUAAUCAGCCCUACUGGAAACCUAAGCCCCACCCUGACUUCCAACCUCUUGAGAUACACACAUGCCUGCCAAUUCUACUUUCUAGAAUUUUUUUUGUUUUUUUACCGUAACUUAAAGUACAUUAAGAGCUGAUGGGAAAGGGUGCAGAAGUGAGGGUGAGAUUGGAAACAAAGGAGAGGGGAUGGAGAUCGUGGAUAGAGUGAGAGAAGUAAGGUUCCUUCAUAGUACGUGUGGAGGGACAGGCCACUGAUGGGAACAGGAAAAGCCGUUUGGUUUUGCAAAAUAGAGACCCAUUAAAUGGUCGUUAAGGGGACUUCCCUGGCAGUCCAGUGGUUAAGACUCUGUGCUUCCAGUGCAGGGGGUGUGGGUUCAAUCCCUGGUUGGGGAACUAAGAUCCCACAUGCCUCGCAGCCAAAAAAAUCCAUAAAUAAUAAAAAAUUUGAAAACAUUUAAAAAAGGAUGAAGGCAAGUCAUACCCCGAGGAUGAAAGAGCUGGAGGUCUGAGAAGGUUAGGGUAGGUUUAGAACAGGCCGUGAGGCUGCGCUGAAGCCUUGCUGAGCUCUGCCUGAUGGAGCUGCAUAUGAACCAUCUGUUCUUUCUAAGUUUAUUCUCCAAUGAGGGAAACAAAUUGCCGUCUCUGAAAUCACCAGUGGAAUCAUCCAACUCCACAUCAACCGUCUGCUUUUCUUCCAGCUUGCUUUGUUAAGUGUGCCCACAGCAACUGUUCUUAAACUUUACCAGGUGCUUCUGGUACUCUGAGCCCUGGCUUUUCCUUCUCCAUCCAUCAGAUUCCUUUUUUCUUCCCUGGUAGUUUGAUUUAAAAAAUGUUUCAAGUUAUCAUCAUUUAUUUAUUAAUUUAAAUUAUUUCCUUAUGAAUUAUUCAAUUUAUUUAAAGUAAAAAAGCAAAUCGAAACAGUUUACCAAUUUCUCUCCCCCUGCACCCCUGCCUCUGUUCUUUGUAUCUAUGAGCUUGUUUUUCAUUUGUUUGUUUAUUUAGAUUCCAGAUAUAGAAGAGAUCCUAUGGUGUUUAUCUUUCCCUGGCUUAUGUUACUUAGCACAAUGCCCUCGAGGUCCAUCCAUGUUGUUGCAGAUGGCAAGGUUCCAUUCUUUUUUAUGGAUGAAUAAUGGUUCGUUGUAUGUGUGUGUGUGUGUGUGUGUGUAUAUAUAUAUAUAUAUAUAUAUAUAUAUAUAUAUAUAUAUAUAUAUAUAUCUCUCACAGUUUCUUUAUUCACUUGUCCACUGAUGGACACUUGUUUCCAUAUCUUGGCUAUUAUAAAUAAUGCUGAAAUGAACAUGAGGGUGCAUAUAUCUUUUAAAGUUAAUGUUUUCAUUUUCUUUGCAUAAAUACACAGGAGUGGAAUUGCUGGACCGUAUGGUAGUUCUAUUUUUAAUUUUUUGAGGAACCUCCAUACUGUUUUUCACAGUGGCUGCACCAAUUUACAUUCCCCUCAACAGAGCACAAGGGUUUUCUUUUCUCUACAUCCUCACCAACACUUACUAUUUCUUGUCUUUCUGAUAAUAGACAUUUUAACAGGUGUGAGGUGAUAUCUCAUUGUGGUUUUGAUUUGCAUUUCCCUGAUGAUUAGUGAUGUUGAGCAUCUUUUCAUGUACCAGUUGACCAUAUGUGUCUUCUUUGGAAAAAUGUCUAUUCAGACUCGUUCUUUCUUCACUUUCCUCCCUCUCCAAAUUAGAAACCAUGGCCCAACAUUUUAAUCUCUCUCAAAAAUACCUUACAUUCCCCUACCCUUUGAAUAUCUAUCUCAUAUUCUUGGGAAAACCUCCAGCCUUGUAUGAAGCCAACCAUCUGCCUUCACCCUGUCUGUUUCCAGGCAGUUUUGAGCAUUACUGGGAAAAAACACACAGCAGGGCAGUAGUAGUUGGGUGGAAAGCAGGAUUACGGUGAUUAUAUCACUAAGCACUGUUUUCUUUUGGGAAGCCAUAGUUCAGUUACCUGCAUUCGGAUAAAGGAGAAAGCCACAGACCAUGACACAAAAAGUGUCAUGUAUGUUUGUGUAAUAUACAAGGCACAUACACACACACACACGCACGCAUACAUAUAUCAGGUUUACAUGCAUGCAGUAGAAUUCAACGUUUUCAGCAAACAGUUCUAUGCACAGAGUCAUGUAACCACCACCGCAAUCAAAAUAUAGAAUACUUUCAUCAACUUCCAAAUUUCCCUCAUACUUCCCCUUUGAAGUCAGUCCCCAAGCUCCUGACAACCACUGAUCUGUUUUCUGUCCCUAUAGUUUUGUCUUGUCUAGAAUGUCACAGAAAUGGAAUCAUACAGUAUGUACCCUUUUGAGUCUGGCUUCUUUCACUUAGCAUAAUGCAUUUGAGAUCGAACCAUGUUGUUGUUGCAUGAAUCAGUAGUUCUUUCACUUUUAUUGCUGAGUAGUAUUCCACUGUAUGCACGAACCUAUCAGAAUUUUCCAUUCACGAGUUGAAGGAUAUUUAGGUUGUUUCCAGUUUUUGGUAAUUAUGAAUAAAGCUUCUGUAAACAUUCAUGUGAGUGUAAGUUUGCUUUUCUUUGAGUAAAUAACUAGAACUGGUAUUGCUGGGACAUAUGGAAGGUGUAUGUUUAAAUAAAUAUAAAACUGCUAAGUUGUUUUCCAAAGUGGUUGCACUACUAGCAAAGUGGUUGUAUUCCUACUAGCAAAGUGGGAUGCUCUGAAUUCUUGUCAGCAUUUGGUACUGUCAGCUUUAAAAAUUUUACCCAUUCUAAUAUUGUGUGUUGUGGUACUUCACUGUAUUUUUAAUUUUGUUUUUUUCUAUUGACUAAUGAUGUUCUUUUAAUGAGCUUAUAUAUCAUCCACCAAAGACAUUUAUUGGUGAAGUGUGUGCUCAAUCUUUUGCCCACUUAAAAAAGUGGGUUAUUUAAUUAUUAUUGUGUUUUGAGAGUUUAAAAAUAUAUAUCUGGAUAUAAGUCCUUUAUCAAAUACAUGUUUUGCAAGUAUUUUCUCCCAGCCUGUGGUUUGCUUUCUCAUUUUCUUAAUAGUGUCUUGUGAAGAACCAAAGUGUUAAACUUUGGCAAAGUUCAAUUUAUCAAUUUUUUCUUUUAUAUAUCAUGUUUUUUGUAUUGUAUGUGUGCUUUUUGGAUUGUAUGGAAGAGUUCUUUGCCUAACCCAAGAUCACAAAGAUUUUCUCCUGGAAAUUUAAAAUUUUAAGUUUCACAUUUAUGUUAUUAUCUAUUUUGAGUUAAUUUUUUGGUAAAUGGUGUGAGAUAUGGAUUGAGGUUCCAUUUUUUUUUUUGCAUAUGGAUAUCUAAUAGUUCCAGCACAACUUGUUGAAAAGAUUCUCCACUGAAUUACUUUUGCAAUUUUGUCAAAAAUCAGUUGACCAUAAUGUGUGAGUUUAUUUCUGGACUUUCUAUUCUGUUUCACUAAUUUAUAUAUCUUUUCUUUCAUCAACUUGAUUACUAUAGCCUUACAGUAAGUGUUAAAAUCAGUUUAGUGUAAAUUCUCCAACACAGUUUUUUAUUUUUGAAAUUGUCUUUGGCUAUUCUAGUUCCUCCACUUUUCCAUAGAAAUUUUAGUGUCAGUGUGUGAAUUUCGACAAUAUAUCCUGGUGGGAUUGAAUGGGAUUAUGUCAAGUUUAUAAGUCAGCAUGGGGAGAACUGUACAUGCUAUAUCUCCCCAUUCAUUUAGGUCCUUUUUGUUUUGAAGUUUUCAGCAUACAGAUCACAUACAUAUUUUGUUUGCUUUAUACUUAAGUAUUUCAUGCUUUUAGGUACUAUUAAAAAUAGUACUUUUUCAAUUUCAGUUGUUCACUGCCAAUAUAUAAAAACAUUGAUCAUGUACCCUGUGAUCUUGCUAAAGUCACUUAUUCUAGCUUUUUUUGGGGGUAGACUCUGGGAUUUUCUACACUGACAAUCAUGUUGUCUGUAAAUAGAGACAGUUUUAUUUUUUCAUUUCUGAUCUGUAUGUCUAGUUUUUGUAUAUGGUUUAAACUGCUAUUUCACUUAGAACAUUUUCUUUUUAGAAAAAUAUUUUAACAACAUUAAGUCCUCGCCAAAUUGGCUUUUUGAAUCAUUAAAAGGAGUUACAGCGGCUUCCCUGGUGGUCCAGUGGUUAAGAUUCGAGCUUCCACAGCAGGGGGCACGGACUCGAUCCCUGGUCAGGGAACUAAGAUCCCAUAUGCUGUGCGGUGCAGCCAAAAUAUAUUUAAAAAAAAAAAAAAAAGAAAGAAAGAAAGACAAAAAGGAAACAAAAGCAGUAUUUACUGUACAUAAAAACAGAAGAUAUUUUAAAGAA